AUGCUUUUUGCUGUGCACCUGCUCCUCCUCCUGGCUGGACCACUGUCCGUGGCCGGCAAGCAGCUGCAGCCAGAGCAUGGGGUUGAGGAUCAUCACGCCAACAGCUCCAGGCAGGCGCUCCUGGGGGCAGCUGAGGGCUCCCCCAGCCUCAGAAUCGCCCCUGGCAACACUGAUUUUGCCCUCAACUUGUACCACCUGGUGUCCUCCCAAAGGGCCGGGCAGAAUAUCUUCUUCUCCCCGCUGAGCAUCUCGGCUGGCUUGGCCAUGCUGUCCCUGGGGGCCCGCUCACAUACCAAGGACCAGAUCCUCAAGCACUUGGGUUUCAACCUCACACAGCUGCCCGAGCCCACCAUCCACCAGGGCUUCCGGCACCUCCUGCACAAGCUCGGGCAUCCGAGCAGUGGCAUGGAGGCCCAUUUGGGCAGCUCCCUCUUCCUGAGCCAAGACUUGGAGCUCGUCCCAGCAUUCCUGAAUGACACCGCAGCCUUCUACAACGCCAGUGUCUUCCAUGCCAACUUCCGGGAGCCCGUGGAGGCAGCCCGGCUCAUCAAUGAGCACGUCCGGGAGGGGACCCGCGGGAAGAUCUCAGAUCUGAUUGCGAACCUGAGUCCAAGCACCCAGCUGGUGCUGGUGAACUACAUUUACUUCAAGGCGCUGUGGGAGAAGCCAUUCCCCCUCUUCAAGACCAAGCCCAGUGACUUCCAUGUGGAUGAGAACACAGUGAUCCAGGUGCCCAUGAUGAUACAGGAAAGAGAGAUGCACCGUUACUUCCACGACAGGCACCUGCCCUGCUCUGUGCUGCACCUGGACUACAAGGGAGGAGCAUUGGCCUUGCUCAUCCUGCCAGACCCGGGCAAAAUGGCAGAGGUAGAGGAAGUGUUGACCCCGGAGAUGCUCAGAAGGUGGAACAGAUUGCUCCACAAAUUGGGACCUGGCAGGAAGCUGGAGUUGCAUUUCCCCAAGUUCUCCAUCACUACCUCCUACGUACUGGAUCAGAUUCUGCCCUUGCUCGGCUUCACGGACCUGUUGUCACCGCAGGCUGACUUCUCCGGCAUCAUCAAGCAGGGCCACCUGCAGGUGCCUAAAGGUUUCCACAAGGCCACUCUGGACGUCAACGAGUUUGGCACUGAGGCAGCGGCAGCCACAAGCUUCGUAGCCUUCUUGAGUGCUGUCCGUAAGGAUCCCCACGUGCUGAAGUUCAACCGGCCCUUCCUGAUGGCCAUCCUCUCCCCCGACAAGCACAACAUCCUCUUCCUGGGCAAGAUCGUCAACCCCUUGAAGCUGUAGCCUUGGGGGCUGCUUGGGCCCUCCGCAGCAUGCAGAUGUGGCCUGGGACUGCUGGCAGGAUCAGCACCUUGCACAGAGUAGAGGCCGAUGGCAGGAGAUGUGGGCAAGGGGAGGGAUUGGCGGCACCCAGACAGACUGGACACUCCCAGGCAACUGUGGGGGUUAAACCAAGAGCUGGUCCUCGGCUUGUACACAGUAAAUGCUCAAUAAACCUGUGCUUACCUGGU